AAUGUUUUUAAGCUUAGAGGUAAGGUUUAUAAAAAUCAUCUGAUUUUUACUAUCGUCAGUUUUGUGGUGCUCUUCGCCAAGUAAUCAUCUCAAGUUGCAAUUGUUUAAUAGUUUAGUUUCAUCAGAAUAUUCUUUCUGGCUUUGCAAUGGUUUUGGCAUGGGAUUAUGUCAACGAUGGCUCUGACCCAUUAUCUCCUCAUAAACCUGAACCAAUGAGGUAUGUUGAUGAUAAUGAACUACGAGAAAGAACUGGAGUUGUUACCCGUAAGCUGAACGCAGACAAUUAUGAAGAAGAAUUGAAUAAAAUUUGCCAGAAGCGUGGUUACUCUGGCUCAGAUGUUCUCGAAAUGCAUCCCGAUUCUGAACAAGAUUACAAUGAAAAGUGUGAAAAAUAUUUCACUGAACAUCUGCAUCCUGAUGAAGAAAUCCGUUUGUGGGUCGAUGGAAAGGGUUAUUUCGACGUCAGAGAUGCAUCAGAUAAUUGGAUUCGUAUGCAAGUUGAGAAAGGUGAUUUACUGAUUCUUCCACCAGGAAUUUAUCAUAGAUUCUCGCCCAAAGCUUUCGGUCAAACUGCAUUCAAAAGGAUCUUCACCGCGGAACCAGUUUGGGUGGGAUUCCCUAGACCAGCUGACAGCCAUCCUGCUCGAUUGGAAUGGCUCAACAUGGCUUCUCAAAAAUUUCAAGGAAUCCAAGUAGUUUAAAACUGAAUUAUGACUCCUACCAACAAGAAAAACAAAGCGUUUCAAGAUCGACUUCUGAAUUUCUUUUAAUAACUCUGUUAACUUUUGUUAUUAAUAUUUUUUUAUUCUGUAUUUGACAAUAAUCCAAGCAAUUCCUUUGUUAGCUCCUUCGUAACUUGACUCAAUAACUUGUUCACUACAGUUUUAUCUAAAUAUGCUUAAUCUUAUUUGGAUAGGAACUACUGAAUUAAAGUGACCUUGAUUACAUUAAUUGAUUAUGUAUGUAGCUAUUAAAUUUAUACUUUAAUAACUGGA